GUUUCAUUCAGGUCAGGCUGUAAGGUAUCUCGUUAUACGCCGACAACCAACGAAAUGGAACAGUUCCAACAACAUGAUGAAGAAUCAUCAUAUUUGUAAAGGCCUUCAUCCCUCAGAUGUUGGCUGAUCUAGAUCGGCGGUUGGGGGCUGAGGGACUAUUGCAGCAACAGCAUCCAGCAAUAAUAACCGUGUCGGCGCAGCAAGAACAUGAGGAAGGAGAUAUAGAGGUAUGUGUCGAGGCCAAGAUACAUGAGCAAUCGAUUCAGUCUUGUAGCGCCAGUGAGCAAUAUAAAUGGCCCCAAGGCGAGGGUGAAAUACCAGAGUGGUUGCGUGAGAUGCCAGCUGCUGGAGGGGAAGCUGAAGGGCAGCGCCAUUUCGCCCUGCUGGAGGAGGAUGAGGAAAUACUGGAGGCUGCACAGUCGCCACCAGCACCACAACAGCUAGCUGUGCCAUAACUGCCUAGAGAGUUGGCGCAGGAAUAAAACACACAGCCGAGCGGCAUGCACCGUCUCGAAAAGCACCACCCGUAGCUGCGCGAGAAGCGGCUGUAUCAGCAGUGGUCGCUGUAGCGCCAGCCUCCACACCAUCGCAUACCCUCUCGCACCCAUUGGUGCUUCACUCGGAAGAAGAAGAAGAACAGCAACGAUCUCCCACCCUCCAGGCUGGCGGUGGUGAAGGCUCCAGCAAG